ACAUGCUCAGGAGCUGUAACCAAUGCCUCUGCUUCCGUCUUGCUGCGUGCAACCGGAUUGCCGAGGGCCACAGAAGCUGUGACAAAUUCAGCAGAUUUCAUUCAACAAUCAGGUGCAAUGGCAGCCGCCUUGGUACGACCGAGGAUUUUUCUCAUGCCGACGCUUUCCGCGGGAUUGCAUAGCAAGGUUCAAAGACUUCGGACUUGCUCACGUUUUUUGCGCGUCUCUUCCUGUUCUCUACACACUGUUGUGGCGACCGAAGAUCCUAAUGGAGAGCCAUACAAGCAUGUCAUUACAUCAGGUCCUCACACAUUCAGGGGAGAUCUUGGCGAAGCAUGGGGAGCUGGUGGCACAGCUCCUGAGCCAAAGGAUUAUGCGUUUGCUGGUCUAGCAAUGUGCUCCUCGCUCACAAUUCGUUUGUUUGCAGAGAGGAAGAAAUGGCCUCUUCGUCGCGUUUCAGUUACUGUCAAAGAAGUCAGCGAAAAAGACCUCCAUGGAACUAUCCCUGAUGGGCUUCAAAUGACCAUUUCACUUGAGGGCGAUUUAAGCGACGCUCAAAAGGAGAGGUUGCUUGAGAUUUCCGCUCGCUGUCCAGUGAAACAGAUGAUGCUUGGGAAGAUGCGGGAUGGGAUUUCUGUACACCUCUCUGCGUAGCUACCCCAUGGCUGUAACAAUUGUAUGGUCAUUUCAUUCGUAACAUCUGAUGCAGACACCAAAUUUGUGACUUUCACACCGUGCUGGACGGGCUCUGUGAUUGAACAUUUUUCUGAUCUCUUACAUGUCCUUGGGCGGUUUCCAGCAGGCGCUGGUUUAGCGAAGAGGUGCAGAUUGACUUGUUCUAUUGCAUCCUGAAGUAGGGCAUUUUGCAUAGUGUUCGACCUUAGGAGCAUCAUUUGAAAUUAUUUCCCAUGUUGGAGGCUUCUGGGCGAAACUAAUCCAGCUCCAAGGGCCCAAAUUCCAUGCUGCUCUACUUAAAAAGUAAAAUGACGAUUCAGAGUAAUUCGUCAGUGGGAAUGUGGAUGAGCACCAUGUAUUCAAAUUUUGAUACUUAAAGUUUGUUAUUUCUUUUUCAUUUUGCA